ACGGCAAUGGCGCAACUCAAACUGGCAAUAAUCGGUCAAAGCAACUUCGCAGCCGAGGUUUACAAGCUUCUGAAACUAAACGGUCACCAGAUCACAGGGGUCUUUACCAUUCCUGACAAAGGAAACCGAGAAGAUCCUCUGGCCAUAACAGCAAAAAUCGAUAAUACUCCAGUUUUUAAAAUCAAGUCUUGGAGAAGCAAAGGAACGACCUUGCCGGAAGUGCUCCAGUUAUAUAAAGGAAUCGAAGUUGAUUUAAAUGUUCUUCCAUUCUGCAGUCAAUUCAUUCCCAUGGAGGUCAUCAAUCAUCCUCGUCAUCGUAGUAUAUGUUACCAUCCAUCCUUGCUACCAAGACAUAGAGGAGCUAGUGCUAUUACCUGGACUCUGAUAGAAGGAGAUGAUACUGCAGGUUUUUCCAUUUUCUGGGCCGAUGAUGGUCUCGAUACAGGACCAAUUUUGCUCCAAAGAUCGUGCAAAGUAAAUUCCAAUGAUACGUUGGAUUCUUUGUAUAAUAAGUUCCUGUAUCCCGAAGGGAUCAAGGCCAUGGCGGAGGCUGUAGAUCUUGUGGCCAAAGGAACCGCUCCUAUGAUUCCUCAAAUGGAAGAGGGAGCCACUUAUGAUCCUAUGAUGAAUAAAAAAGAACUUCAAAAAAUAAACUGGACCAAAUCUGCAAAACAAGUUCAUGAUUUCAUACGUAGUCUUGAUAGCACUCCAGGUGCUUGGACUAUUAUCGAUGGUGAAGAAGUUCGUCUAUUUGGUUCUACCUUAUGGAGUGGUGAUCAGAUACCCGAACACGAGAUUGAAGUGAAUGUAGAGGAUAGAUUGGGCAUCAUUCAUAAGGAUGGACUGUUAAUUAAAGCUGUUGAUAAUCACUUUGUCAAUGUGGAAAGAAUGAAAGUUGGAACUAGAACUAUUCUUGCGAGCAAAUUUGGUCAGAAAAGUGAAGAUACCACGAUUGAAUUCACUGAAGAAGAACAAAAGAUCAUAGAAUCCUUGAAACGAAUUUGGGAAGGUAUUCUAAACAUGGAUGUUAACGAGGAUACAGAUUUCUUUGCUUGCGGUGCAGGAAGUAUGGAUGUUGUAAGAUUAGUAGAAGAGGUAAAGGAUAAUUUGGAAGUGACUUUACAAAAUAUUGACGUCUUCAUGGCUCCGGUGUUUAUCCAGUUUGUAAAUAAAGUAGUUUUAACAGCACGAGGUAUCUCUGCCUCUAAAGAAAUCAAAUACGACGCUGUGAAAGUCGAAACGAACAAUAUGACUCUGAAAUUCCCUAGACAAUUAUUUAUUAAUGGAGAAUUUGUAAAUGGCCACGGAAAUCCUAUAGACACAAUUAAUCCUCAUGACGAAACAAUAAUCUGUUCUGUUGAAACCGGCACUGUGGACGAUGUGGAUAAGGCAGUUAAAGCAGCUAAGAAAGCUUUCGAAGAAGGAGAAUGGAGCAAAAUCAGCGCUAGAGAGCGUGGAGCUCUUCUUUUCAAAUUAGCAGAUCUAAUGGAGCAACAUAAGGAAGAAUUAGCAACCAUUGAGAGCAUAGAUUCCGGUGCAGUAUAUACAUUAGCCUUGAAGACCCAUAUAGGAAUGUCGAUCGAAACUUGGAGAUACUUCGCUGGCUGGUGUGAUAAGAUUCAAGGUUCUACCAUACCAAUAGCUCAUGCCAGACCAAAUCGUAAUUUAAUUACCCGAAAAGAACCUAUUGGUGUUUGUGGCCUGGUUACUCCUUGGAAUUAUCCUUUGAUGAUGCUCUCCUGGAAGAUGGCAGCUUGCCUGGCAGCAGGCAAUACUGUGGUAAUGAAACCAGCACAAGCUUCACCUUUAACAGCUUUGAAAUUCGCAGAAUUAAUUGCAAGAGCUGGUUUCCCACCUGGAGUGGUGAAUAUCGUACCAGGAAACGGAACUGAGACUGGAAAUGCAAUUUGUGAACAUCUUCUAAUUAGAAAACUGGGCUUCACUGGGUCUACGCAAAUUGGACAGUCUAUAAUGAGAUCUUGUGCAAAUAGUAACUUGAAGAAAGUAUCCCUAGAACUGGGUGGAAAAAGUCCCUUAGUCAUUUUCGAAGAUGCUGAUUUACAGCAAGCAAUUAAGAUUGCAAUAAGCAGCGUGUUUUUCAACAAAGGAGAAAAUUGCAUAGCUGCUGGUCGGCUAUUUGUGGAAGAGACAAUUCAUGACGAAUUCUUGAGAAGGAUAGUGGAAGAGACUAAGAAAAUUUCCAUAGGAAAUCCCCUAGAUAGAAGCACAGCCCAUGGACCACAAAACCAUGAAGCUCAUUUAAAUAAACUUUUGAAAUUUGUGGAAUGUGGAGUUAAGGAAGGAGCUAAAUUAAUUUAUGGUGGGAAAAGAUUAGACCGACCAGGAUGGUAUUUUGAGCCAACAAUAUUCACAAACGUGAAAGAUGACAUGUAUAUAGCUAAAGAGGAAUCUUUUGGUCCUAUCAUGAUUAUUUCUAAAUUCAGCUCAAAGAAUGUAGAUGAUAUGAUUGCGAGGGCGAAUGAUACAGAGUAUGGAUUGGCUUCUGGUAUCUUGACAAGAGAUAUCAGUAGAGCUCUUAGAUUUGCCGAGAAAAUAGAAGCUGGAACAGUAUUCAUUAAUACGUAUAAUAAAACAGAUGUGGCUGCACCUUUUGGUGGUUUCAAAAUGUCUGGUUUUGGUAAAGAUCUGGGUCAAGAAGCUUUAAACGAAUAUCUAAAAACAAAAACUAUCACUGUAGAAUAUUAGAAAUUAUUUCAUUUCAAUUUCAUUAUUCUUCAUCACAAUCUUGUCUUUCAUAUUUCAUGUAUUAAACAUGUGUUUGUAAAUUUUUACAUUUUUCAUAUCUAUAAUUUUUUUAUUUAUAUUAAAUUUUUUGAUUAUUUUAUA